AUGACACACACGAAUGAGGCUGCCACGGCUCCCAAUGAGGGUGGGAGUAAAGAACAGCAGUUACCCCCUCUUUCCUUGAAAGACUUCGGCGUGUAUAAUCGCAUGGCAGCACAGAUGGACCAAUUCCACAACCAUUUUCGCCUGUAUUGGAAGGAGCUUCAGAACGCAUGUGAAACCAAUGGGAAGCGGUCUGGCGGACUAAAGCCCAAGCAACUGAUCCUUACAGGGCUGCGUUUCUGUUCUCAGCUUAACUUCCACCACAGUAUUGAGGAAGAGCAUAUAUUUCCUGUGCUAGCUCGAAAGAUGCCAGAGUUCCGACAGAAGAAGACUCUAUUGGCACAACAUAAGAAGAUACAUCGUGGACUGGAAGAACUGGAACAGUACUUAGAGAAAUGCCGCUCCGGAGAGCAAGACCUGGAACUGACAGAGGUGAAACGAUUAAUGGACGCGUUUGGGGAAGUGUUGUGGACGCAUCUCGACGAAGAGGUUCGGACCCUUGGUGCGGAGAAUAUGCGAAAGUACUGGACUGUGGAGGAGAUGCGCACACUUCCUAUGUGA